AUGAGCUAUGCUGGUGGCCCUUCGGGAUGUGUCACUGCGAUUUCGACUGACAGUGACGGCGAUGAGCUCACACUCUAUCCGUUUUGUACGACAAAGCAUAUGGAAGUGGCCAUGUACAAAGAGCUGAAGGGCGUAACUGCCAGCAUGGAAACGUCAUUAGAGUCUAAUUCCGAGUCUACGAGUUCAGACGGCCAGUUGACUGCAAAGACAGGAACGACAGGAGAGAGCAAGACCCAAGAGGCUGCCUCAUCUGCCGAAUCGAGUUCGUCAUCCGGGCCAGACACCUCUUCAAACUCUUCUGCCCCCGUAGGAGCUAUUGUCGGUGGUGUUCUUGGAGGGCUUGCCCUCCUCGCCUCGAUUGGCUUCGGUCUCUGGUUCAUACGCCACAAAAAGCGCCAAGGAGAUAAUGGAACUCACGUGGUUACAACAACAGAUCAACCCCCAGUCAUCCCCUACUUUCAGCAACAGCCUGUCACCCACGCCCAAGGCGAAGCGAACUAUCAGCCUCUGGCGUCGGGCAUGUCGCCUGAGACAAAGGCGUACUCACCUUCUGCUAACUUGCGAGGUUCGGCUUUCAAUGAAAUUCAAUCUUCCCACCAUGAUAGCCCGAGUCCAACUGAAUAUCGUUGA